GCCCGGACGCGGCUUGCCUAUAAAAGGUGCCCGAGGCGGGGGCGCGCGCCCCGAAGACGUGCACUGCCGUCGUUGGGGUUGCUGGGGUCUGCGGCGCGGCGUGUGUGCCAUCUCUGAGCGCAGCGGAGCUUACAGCGCAGCCGACAUGGAGCCCGAGCCCCAGCCUGAGCUUGAGCAGGUCACGCUCCUGGUGAAGAGCCCCAACCAGCGCCACCGCGACUUGGAGCUGAGCUGCGAACGCAGCUGGAGCGUGGGCCACCUCAAGGCCCAUCUGAGCCGCGUCUACCCCGAGCGCCCGCAUCCAGAGGACCAGAGAUUAAUUUAUUCUGGGAAGCUGUUGUUGGAUCACCAAUGUCUCAGGGACUUACUUCCAAAGCAGGAAAAACGGCAUGUUUUGCAUCUGGUGUGCAAUGUGAAGAUGCCUUCAAAAACGCCCGAAACCAGUGCAAAGGUUGCUGAAUCCACAGAGCAGCCCACUGGUCUUAAUCAGGGACAGUAUCCUGGGGAUUCCUCAAGUGAUGGUUUAAGGCAAAGGGAGGUUCUUCGAAACCUUUCUCCUUCUGGAUGGGAGAACAUCUCUAGGCCUGAAGCUGCCCAGCAGACGUUCCAAGGCCUGGGGCCUGGUUUCACGGGCUACACAACUUACGGGUGGCUGCAGCUCUCCUGGUUCCAGCAGAUAUAUGCCCGGCAGUACUACAUGCAGUAUUUAGCGGCCACUGCUGCCUCGGGGCCUGUUGUCCCCCCACCAAGUGCACAAGAGAUACCUGUGGUCACUGCACCAGCUCCAGCCCCAAUUCCCAACCAGUUUCCAGCUGAAAACCAGCCAGCCAAUCAGAAUGCUGCUCCUCAAGUGGUGGUCAAUCCCGGAGCCAAUCAGAAUUUGCGGAUGAAUGCACAAGGUGGCCCGAUUGUGGAGGAAGAUGACGAGAUAAACCGAGAUUGGUUGGACUGGACCUAUUCAGCAGCUACGUUCUCCGUUUUCCUCAGUGUCCUCUACUUCUACUCCUCCCUGAGCAGAUUCCUCAUGGUCAUGGGGGCCACCAUUGUUAUGUACCUGCAUCACGUUGGGUGGUUUCCAUUUAGACAGAGGCCAGUUCAGAACUUCCCAGAUGAUGGUCUUCCUUACGAAGCUGUAAAUCAGGACCCGAACAAUAACCUGCAGGAAGAUGGCUCUGAUCCUGAAACAGAAGACCCCAGCCACCUCGCUCCAGACAGGGGCGUACUCGAAGAGCAGACCAGUCCCUCAUUUAGGAGCACAGCAUGGCUUGUCUUCAAGACUUUCUUUGCCUCUCUUCUUCCAGAAGGCCCCCCAGCCAUAGCAAACUGAUGGCGUUUGUUCUCUGGCUGCUUAGCUUCUUCGACAGGCAUGGACUGGAUCUUCUGACUCCAGUUUGAUUUCCUCACCUGGACGUGGCAAUGACACAAAAUUGUUAAAAAGAACCAACAAGAAUUAUAUGCUUUUGUGAUGGAGCAAAAGCAGAAAGUAUGACAUGAAGCCAUGAUACAAAUUGAUGAACAAAAAAUGCACAAGGCUUCUCAUGUCUUUCUUCUGAAGAGCUUUAAUAUAUACUGUAUGUAGUUUAAUAGUCACUGUAAGUAGAAGGCAUUAGUGUCGCAUGUUUAUGCCUGAGGAACUUUUCCAGAUAUGUGUGUCUGCACGUGUUUUUGUACAUAGAUGUCAUAGAUGCAGAAACGGUUCUGCUGGUAUGAUUUGAUUCCUGUUGGAAUGUUUAAAUUACACUAAGUGUACUACUUUAUAUAAUCAAAUGAAAUUGCUAGACAUGUUUUAGCAGGACUUUUCUAGGAAAGACUUAUGUAUAAUUGUCUUUUAAAACGCAGUGCUUUACUUUAAACCAAGGGGAUCUUGGCAGAGGUGAAAGCCUUUGCUGGUUUUCUGUUCAAUAAAGUUUUACUAUGAAUGACCCUGGUGGAGACUCCUGUCAUCUCAGCAAUUUACUCUGUCCAUUGUCACUGGUUGCUGAUGUUUAACUGACUUGAAUUUUGCAUCUUUUUAUUAAAAGGACUGUUUGUACCAUUGGAGAAUGAUGAGGUGAGGCCAUGAAGUUUCAAUUUACUAAGAAUAUACCUGUGUUUG